AUGAGCUCGAAUAAUUUUGGUCAAUCUAAUGUGAUUAAUGCGGUCAAACAUUCAUCUUUACCUAUAUCAUCAUACAACAUUCUAGCCUUUUUAACUCAAGAAGAAGAAGAUAUGCCUAGCAUGAGGCGUGGAAAACAUAUCCUUGUUCUUGGCGCGAGUGGUCGUCUUGGUAGCCAAGUAGUACAGCAAGCUUUAGACGCUUCAUAUCAUGUAACAAUACUCGUGCGAAAUGACAGAUCUUUACCAUUCUCUCGUCGACAAUUAAAAGAUCCAAACCUCGUAAUAUGUGUCGGUUCGAUUUUCUCACGCAUAGACUUGGAUCGAGUAAUCGAAGGACAAGACGCGGUAAUAAAUUGCCUUAGCCCAAGAACGUUAUGGACCUCGGACAUCAAACUAAAUUCCCGCGCACAACGACUUAUAAACGAGAGCAUGGUAAAGUUUGACGUAAAACGAUUAAUUAUCGUUCGAUGUCACGGUACUCCGACUAUCGAUUCUUUUUUUACGCGAUUAUUGUCCAAUAAAGUGUAUCAUGAUAAAAAGGUGCAAGAGAAAUUGAUUAUGGAAAACUCCGAGUUUUUGGAUUGGACAAUAAUUAGGGUUGGUGGUCUAUCGAAUGGAAAAUUAACGAAAAAAUACCUGUUACUUGAUAAUGAUGAAAUCGUAUUUAAGAAGGUAUCAAGAGCAGAUGUUGCACAUUUUAUAUUAAAAGAAAUUGGGACUGGAAUGUGGGUAAAACAAGCGCCAUUAAUUAAUGGUAAGGUUUAA